AUGGGAGACGCGAGGUCGGCGGAGCUGGAGGUGUCCGUGGUGAGCAGCCCCGCGUCGAGCCGGUGCUCGUCCCCCGGAGCCGGCAGCAUGACGCCGCCGCCGGGAGCCAGCGGCGCCGGCGGGGGCGGCGGGGGCGGCCUGGGCGGCGGCGACAGCCAGAAGGCGGGCGCGCCGCUCUACACGUCCUUCAGCAUCUCCAGCAUCCUGAGCCGCGACAGCCCGCGGCGGCCGCAGCCGCUGCCCGCCGCCGCGCCGCCUCUCCACGACUCCGCCAUGCUCUCCAGAGCUGCUGCUUGGAAUCCCUCACGCAGCCAAAGCCAGCGGGAUGGGGUGCUCUACCACGCGGCGCCGGCCGCGCCGCACGUAAUUAGCGGGGCGUGCGCCCCCGCGUGCGGGCGGCCACCCCCACGCCGGCGCCGGCCCCGGCUGGCGUGUCUCCCCGCCGCCGACAACCGCCGCUCCGCCCCCAAAAGGCGCCGGCCUGCCGCCGUGUCCCACACGGCUCCUGUGUGA